AUGCAAAGCAAAGAUGAUGAGAUUCUCUACUGAAGAGAUCGAUAUUUCAGCAUUUUAAACCAAAAUCAGCAGCUGCGUGAAAAAAAUGCUGAGUUAAUUGCGUCUCUUACUGAGGCCUCAGAAAGAAGUAAAAAAGACCAAGAAUUGAUAGAAAAUCUUCAAUCUCAAAUCAAAGCUUUGUCGCAAAGACAGCAGUUAGAUUAUACCAUAUUAUAUUAAUUCCUAAUUUUUAUUAUUAUAAAAAUUGUCUUAAUGCCAAACUCACCCUUCAUUAAGAUAUUUAACUAUCCCUAAUCAACAAAUCGACGAAUUAGCCCAAACUUUAUGCGGCUCCAGCAACACACUCCAAUCCUCAAUUAGCAAGGCUCUAACUCCCCUUGUGGUGGGUGAACAAAAAUAUUGGAAAAAUCCUUAUGUUUUAAGUUAACACCCAUUCUCCGUGGGUAAACAAAAGUUUUUAUGAAAAAUAAGUAAUUAUUAUUAUAAUGAAAUCUCUAGCUAAUUCUAUUUAAUUUUAAACAGCUUGCAUUCUAAAAUAUAGAUUUAGUAAAUUAAAUUACUAUUUGUUUUCCAAUUGGAAUUUUUUUAAAUUUAAACAAAAAAAUUAAGCUUCUCUGUAAGCGAACAAAAUGUUUUUUUUUGGUUCACGGAGGUGGGUAAGUAUGAAACAAAUGCUCCAUAAAGAAACCGAAGGCCAGCUUAACCCUUUUUCUAGAGAAAGCAACACCCCAAAAGCCAACAAACUUUUCGAAGAAUUUUUUAUUUUAGGUAUCAGCGAAGACCGAAAAGUCAGGCCUGGAACAAUCGCUGAGGCAGAAGUUCUUUAUCAGUACCCAUCCAGAAACAUCACAAAUUCAAGCCCACAAUAUAGAGCAAUCGGGAAUUUUUCAUUUCCAUCAGGGGUUACAGUAAGAUAUUUAGGGCUCACAGAGUCUGCCAGUGAUGUGCAUGAGGUAUUGAGGCCACAUCAAAAGAGAGAAGGGAACAGCUUUGUGUUUACAUUAAAAUCAAAUAGCACUGAAGAAAAAUUCCCUUAUGAGAAUAUGGCAAAUUCUGAAAAAGAGCUUUUAUAUUGCUGUUGUGUCAUUAUCGAAGAUCUUAGCACUGACCAACAAAUUGAAAACACACAUAUAAUAAUUCCAAAAUGCUACUGCUUAGUAUCAUAUUGCCCUACAUUUGAGCUUCACUUUGAGAUUCUUUAUAAAAUUCUUGCUAUAAAGCAGAUUCAAAGACUAAGCAGCAUUUCAGAGCGCUCUCCUUAUAAUCGAGGGUCUAUUGAGUCUGUUUUUCGAAAGCAGAGGAUGAUUAGUGAUGAAGAAAUUGGAUUAUUGCAGGAUUACUAUACAAAUUAUUCGCUUAUACCAACCUUGCAAAUAAUGAUAAAUCUGCAUUCGAUUAAUGAUAUAUACUAUUCACUUCCUAGUGAUUUAUCUUUAUUGGACUCUUCUUAUUUUUGCCCUUUAUUAUUUUCUCUAUUAGAAUUUAAAGACUUUUUCUGGCUUUUAUGCGCAUUAAUUCAAGAAAAAUCUGUAGUCUUUGUAAGCAGAAACCUUGACUAUGUCAGUAGUUGUGUCUUACUCCCCCUCGCCCUUUUGAAUAGAACAAAAGAUUUUGUUAUAAUUUAAUUUGUUUUGAAAAAAAUUUAAAUUUUGCUUAAUUUAAAGGAGACUUAAUUUACUCAAAAUGGAAAUUUUAUCGAUAUUUUGUUCCAAUUUAAAGGGGGAGGGGGAGUUAGGAUUUUAUUCACUAUUGAGGCCAUUUAACUGGACACAUUUAUUGACCCCAAUUUUGCCUGAGUCAUUAAAAGAUGUCUUAGAAGCCCCAGUUCCUUUGCUUGUGGGACUUCCAACAGCGCCUCAGUCAUACACAAAUAAAAAAUAUUCACAUAUUAUAUGAGUAAUUUUGGAUGAGCCAAAAAUAUCUAAAAGAAUUUUAAGGACAAAUGCGAUAUCUAAGUCAGUGAAAGAGCCAUUUGCGAAUAAUUUAAAAAAUGUUUUGAGUGUUCCUUAUAUAUUGUGCUAGAUUAAACUAGGAAUAUAAAGUAAUAAGAUAAAUCUGAUUUGGAGAUUAAAUUAGGAUAAUUUAUGCUGAGUUAGUUGUUAAAGUUAAAAUUUUUAAACAGCCAUAAGCAGGACCCUAAGCCGGACUAUCUUGACUCGAGGAAAGAUGGCCUACCUGGAUGCACACCUGAGUGCAAAUAGUGUCAGGCACAGCCAAAAUUCCACCUCUUGAAUUUUCUGGCUAAACUCACCUAACCUAAGGAUCAGCUUCCUAGAUUAGAGCCACCUUUUUCAGGUGCCCAAUAGACCCAAUAGGCAAAGUACUAUUUAUGAGGCAAAACCUGUCUAACCAAUCUGGAGGGACAGGAAAACCUUCGGGAGAAACAAAGCCUCCCUCUUCGGCAAUGCUUCCCAAAGCCAAAAGGCCUGCUUCAAAAGAGACAGAAGCUCUAUUUUCAGCUUUAUCAGGAUAGGUCCGCCUGCUAUAUAGGGAAUUCGCUUCAGAGACCAAUUUCCGUCAACGUCACCAUUUUAUUUCUGCUUAUGCUGAGGCAAUCAUAAAAAUUUGAUAUAAAAAAUUCACUGGAAGAGUCUGCUAUACCCCAUCAAGCGACCAGAAAAAUGCUUAUGAUGGAAUUAUAGAUGAAAUUGGAAGAUAUUGGCAGAGUAUACUUGAACUGCUGCCAAGGCAGCCAUCCAGAUUGGAGAGCAAAUAUUUGGAUAUAGAAGAACUGGGGAAAAUUUUGAUAGAUAAUGCACCAUCUGGGGAUGUAAAGUUCUUGGAGAAGGUUGUGAGCACACAAAUCUUUAUUAAUGCUGUCGAAAAAGUCUAUCAUAUAGUUUAA